CUUAUAUACAUACAAUUUACAAACCCCAGAAUCCCCAAUCUAAAAAUUCAGAAACAUGUCCUACUCCCAUUACACCACAGGCAACACCACCUCCCCUUCUGCACCGCCGGUGCCGGAAAACCAAUCACAACCCGGCGUCGGUUACCCCUACCAACGUCCACCCCAAUCUCAACAAUCUAAUUACAAUUACAAUUACGGGCAGCCGCAGAACCCGACUAGUGCUGGUGGGUAUGGUUCGCAAUAUGGAUACGCGCCACCGACGCCAUCGUUUCCACCAGGUACUCACCCGGAAAUUAUCCGGAACUUUCAGAUGGUAGAUUCAGAUCGGAGCGGGUUUAUAGAUGCCAAAGAAUUGCAGCGGGCUUUAUCUUCUGGGUACCAGCAGUUUAGCCUUCGGACUAUCCGCCUGCUCAUUUUCCAAUUUGGGAAUCCCGCUGAUCCUCACCGAAUUGGUCCCAAAGAGUUUUCCGAGUUAUGGAAUUGUCUUGGACAAUGGCGGGCUAUCUUUGAAAGAUUUGAUAGGGACAGAAUCUCGGAUAUGCAAUUCCACCCAACUGUUCUUCAACUCUUGAUCGAAAAAUAUGAUGACCAAAGUGGGAGGAGACCCGAUCUUUCCUUUGACAGUUUUGUCGAGUGUGGAAUGAUUGUGAAGGGUUUGACAGAGAAGUUUAAGGAGAAGGAUACACGAUACACGGGUUCAGCCACUCUUUCAUAUGAGACGUUUAUGACUAUGGUGAUUCCAUUUCUUGCAGCUGAAUAAGCAAAUAUGUAAAAGUAAAAAAGUUUGUGACUUUUAGGUUCAUUUUGGUUUUCUUUUUUUGUGGAUUUGUUUGAGUAAAUCUAAGAUUGUAGACCUUGAAGCAAUUCAUGGGUUGUUAAAAGUGUAAUGUCUUUAUUGCUCAAGGUUUAACAAGAUUUUUUCUUGUGUUAUAUGUGAAAAAUUGUUUAUACAAAAAAAAAAAAAAAACCAAUCUUUUGAUCAUGUAUUUUAAAGGUCAC